CAUUUCCACAUUUCUUUCACAAUUGUUAACAUGGAUAUUUCUCAAGACUCUGAAAACUCAUCUCUGCUUCUCUCUAACUCGUCGGGACAUAUACAAGCGACCAUGAGGGACCAGUAUGGAAAUGCCAUCUUGCCCAGUGUUUUUGGGACCAUAUGUUUUUUUGGCAUCACUGGAAAUUCUAUUGUCAUCUACACCAUCAUUAAAAAGACAAAAUGCCAGGCUAAACAAACGGUACCAGACAUUUUCAUAUUCAAUCUCUCUAUUGUGGAUUUGCUUUUCCUCCUCGGCAUGCCCUUUCUCAUUCAUCAGCUCAUGGGAAACGGAUCUUGGUGUUUUGGAGCCACUAUGUGCAAAGUCAUCUCUGCCCUAGAUUCGAACAGCCAGACCGUGAGCACCUACAUCCUCACAGUUAUGACCUUGGACCGUUAUGUGGCUACUGUUCACCCAUUCCGCUUUAACCACGUCCGGACAACCUGUGUCGCCAGUUGUGUGGUGGGAAUGGUGUGGGUGCUUUCUCUCAUCUCAAUUACUCCCGUUUUAAUGUACACUGGCUUGAUGCCUCUCCACAACGGCCAGGUGGGAUGUGCUCUCCUGCUACCGAAUCCAUCCAUCAACGUCUGCUGGUUCACUAUCUAUCAGUUUGUGCUGGCAUUCGCCCUUCCGCUCAUGAUUAUCUUUGUGGUGUUUUUUAAAAUCUUGAAGCACGUGUCUACCACAGUGGCUCCUCUGCCCCCAAGGAACCAACAAGUGCGCACUAAAAGUGUGACUCGGAUGGCUGUGGCCAUCUGUUUGGCCUUUUUCAUCUGUUGGGCUCCGUACUACAUCCUUCAGCUUGUCCAUCUGGGAAUACAGAAACCCAGUGCCUCGUUUUAUUAUGUCUAUCACGUUGCCAUUAGCAUGGGUUACACUAACAGCUGCAUUAAUCCUUUUCUUUAUAUUAUUCUGAGUAAGACCUUUAAAAGGCAGUUUAUAGUGGCCAUCCAGCCUGCACACAACCACUUUCGGGUCAACCCGAGUAGCACGGAGGCCACUGUGUCCCUCCGUCUGGCUGCUGACUGCCAAAGACAUUUACCUGUUAACACCUCAGAGUAAUAUACUAAUUUUUUUUUUCCUUAAAACAUCCUAAUUGAAGAAUUGAUCAACCUGAUAAAAAAAAAUUAAGGAUUCAAAAAAUAAAAAGGAAAAAACAAAGUGAUGGAACAAUAGAUCAACAUUUUGUCAUCUCUGUGUGUGUAUUUGCAUUUGCAUUGUGUAUUACACAAUUCCUUAAUGAUGACCAUGUAUACUAGGGGGAAAAAACUGUAAAUAUAAAUAUGUGAACUUUGUAUCAUUUUAUUUGAUCCCCUGAAAUAUUACUGUAAUUUAUGUAAACUGUGUGUGUGUGUUUUAGUGGAACAGGAAACAAUUUAGCAGUAAGUGUUGAGUAUUGUUAAUGUGCUUGAAAUUUUAUUUUGUGGACUGUUGUUUUGGCAGACACUCUUGAUACUGUAUAUAGAAAACUCAAAAGCCAGUGUUUUUCAA